AAAAAAUGGGAAACAGUUGCAAAGUCCAAAAUGGAUAACGGUAAGUGAUCGGCGAUGACGAGAAGUUCCGAUCCGAGACCGAAAGAUUGGGCUUCUGUCGACGUCGGAACCCUACGUCCGUCCUUAAAAUCCAAACCUUAAAUCCGAAGUAAUCAAUUCGGACGAAAUCUUACAUCUCCAAAUUCCGAUGAUUUAAGAUCGAUUUCUUGGAUCUUUAUUACGCCAUUCUUCUCGUUCCCGGAAAUUUCAGUGUCUGAUUCAGGGCUCUAUUUCUUUCUUGUUGGAUCUUUAUUGCGCCAUUCUUCUGAAUCAGACACUGUAAUCUUCUGUGCUUGUUCUGAUUGUUUGCAGAUUGGAGAGCGGGAAGCUUCAAAUUGUUAGGAUGCGAUCCAGACGCAAUGUGGCUCCAGCGAUUGAUUUGUUCCCAAACCUUAAACCUCCCCACAGAACUUUAGGUUUUCACAGGACACUUGUUCUAAUCAUCACAUUCCUUGCAUAUGCGUCCUUCCAUGCCUCGAGAAAACCUCCGAGCAUCGUUAAGAGUGUGCUUGGACCAACAAUCCCGGUAAAUUCAUCAAACAUUUCGCUGAGUUCGCCCUCAAAUGGAACUGGAUGGGCUCCUUUUAAUGGCCCUGACGGCCUCCAGUUACUAGGGAAGCUUGAUCUUGCAUUUCUUUCUGCAUAUUCCAUUGGAAUGUAUUUUGCAGGGCAUGUUGGUGACCGGAUGGACUUGAGAUUAUUUCUUGUUUUUGGGAUGAUGGGUAGUGGCAUUUUCACGAUACUAUUUGGGUUAGGAUAUUGGUUAAAUCUUCAUGUGUUGUUGUUUUUCAUUACUGUUCAGAUUGUGUGUGGUCUAUUUCAGUCAAUUGGAUGGCCAUGUGUGGUGGCAAUUGUAGGAAAUUGGUGUGGCAAAGAAAAGAGGGGACUCAUUAUGGGUGUCUGGAAUUCAAAUACUUCCAUUGGAAACAUCAUUGGAUCGAUUGUAGCUUCUGGGAUUUUGGAAAUUGGAUGGGGUUGGUCGUUUGUGGUACCUGGAGCUUUGGCCAUUUUUGUUGCCAUUUUGGUGUUUCUGUUUCUUGUUGUGAGUCCUGAAGACAUUGGAUUUGAAACCUUUGUUCGUGUUAGCGAGACUGAAUUGAAGGCUGAGGCGAUUCCAGUUGAAAAAUCAGAGAACGCAGAUUCAGAAGAAACAGUGUUGCUUGGUGUUGAGCAUCAUUCAGAUUCUAUGCCUGCAAUUGGCUUCUUAGAGGCGUGGAGGUUGCCGGGUGUUGCGCUUUUUGCUGGCUGUCUCUUCUUUUCCAAGCUUGUCGCUUACACUUUUCUCUACUGGCUGCCAUUUUACAUCAGACACACAGCUGUUGCUGGUGUGCAUUUAUCUCAUAAAACUGCCGGCAUCCUGUCCACGAUUUUCGACGUUGGAGGUGUUUGUGGAGGAAUAUUAGCAGGAUUAAUCUCUGAUUUGAUCGAUGCUCGUGCAGUUACUUCAAUAGCAUUCCUGCUACUCUCAAUUCCUGCUUUAGUUCUCUACCGUGCUUUUGGGAGUAUUUCCACAGUCACCAACACCUGUUUGAUGUUUCUUUCGGGGUUACUUGUCAAUGGCCCCUACUCACUUAUCACCACAGCUGUUGCAGCUGACCUCGGCACUCAAAGUAUGCUUGCAGGGAAUUCCCGAGCUUUAGCAACCGUGACUGCAAUCAUCGAUGGCACUGGGUCUAUUGGGGCAGCUCUUGGGCCUCUUAUGGCAGGAUAUCUUUCCAGUAGAGGAUGGAACGCUGUCUUUUUCAUGCUGAUUCUUUCCACCUUCUUUGCUGCCCUGUUCUUGGUUAGUUUAGCUUUAUCCGAAAUCAAAGUCAACUUGGAGCAAGGACAAUGGUUUUCUAGUUCCCACACCUCAACGAUAGUGGUUUAGGUCUAGAGCAAUAGAUUUCUGAUAGAAAAUAUAUUUGUACAUCUUUGUAUCCUAUUCCUUUGUAUUCCUAUUCUUUUGAGUGAUGUGAGAUCUCACAUUGGUUGGAGAGGAGAACAAAGUAUUCUUUAUAAGGGUGUGAAAAUUUUUCUCUAAUAGACGCA